AUGCGGCGAUGCACUUAGCAUUUGGAGCGAGUAGCGAGUAGUGAGGGAACCUGGUUUGGCGUCAGUUGAACCGCAGCGAUGCGCCCGCUCACCGCACUGCUAGUACUGGCCGCGAGCCACUGCGCAUACGCAUACCAGCCGCAAACGCCGCGCGAGCGUCUCGACAACACGUUACAUUCAUUACUCGGAGAACAUUACAACCCCGUACAACGCAUAUUAUCCUGCACAUACGUUCUAGGAACCACAAAAUGUCUCAGUGCUCUAAGUACGUGGCGUGCAGAACGCGCUAUCGCAGCCUACGCCAAAGAUCCCGCCACCCGGUUCAACCUGACUGAGGAUGUGGAACAGUUCCCAUGGCUGAAGUACAGUAACAUCUCCGACGAACAGUUAUAUUCACAGCUCUAUGAUGAUACCAGGAAUUUGUUACGGUAUCGACCCCUGGACUUGCACUUGAUACCCGGUUAUAACUUGCAUUUGGGCUCUAAAGGCAAUGGAACAGUGAACCUUGAUAUUUAUACAAGUGACAACUCCGAAACAGGCCGAAGCAGCAUGAAGAAGUUAAAGAAGUAUUUUUACAGAUUCGCACCACUUAUGUUAGUACCAGGGCUGGUGAUGUCAGCUAUCUUCCCUUUUAUCUUGCCAGGCUUGAAGAUGAUGACCCUGAUGGUCGGAAUGAUGAACAACAUGGCCUUAAUGGGUGCUAUAUUCACCAUACUGAGGAACAAUGCCUUCAAUGACAAGUAUGAGCACAAAGUGGUCUAUGUCAACAGCGGGUAUGACAAUGAGAAGUAUUUUUCUGCAUCAAACGCUGAAGAGCAUAUACACACGGAUCAUAUAGGAGAACUCUUCGAUGAUACUAAGCGACCUCUAAGACAUGAAGACCAUGGCUAUGGAGAAGAUUUUGACAAUAUUGAAGAGCUACCGGCUAUAUCUGUGAACCCAGAAUGGUUGAAAGCAUACGCCAAUGGGAAAAUGUUAGCUCUAAUAGGGAAGGAUCAGCAUAAUAAGAAAAAACAUUAGAAUAUCAAAUUAUGUUAAAUAUUUUCCCUACAUAAUGAUCACUUGCCAGUUUAAAAACUAUUUAGUGUAAGGACUGAAGCUUGGAAUUUCAAUGCUUUAAUGUGACGAAGGGCACGUCCAGUAGGUAAUUUACUUCAGUUCUUAGGUAUUAUUUAUUUAAUUUAUAUUAGAAAAAUAAGCGUUUAUGCCAACACAACCAUUUUAUUAGUCUCGAUAACAAGCUCUGUACUGAAAUAUAAUAGUUUAGUGUUCAUUAUUAAUUUAAGCUUUAUAUUUAUUAAAGUUUGCCUCCAUUUUAGUUU